AUAUGUCAAGGAAGGUUAUUGUGGUGUUUGCACUGCUGGUUGCACUGCUACCACCCUCUGCAGCUGGAAACCCUGAAGAGACUCGUCUACUACAGCAGCUUCUAGCCAAGAGGGAGCCGGUGAGAGGCUCGGCAGGCAGACAGGAGCCGGCGCCUCAGGCUCCCUCAGCACGGAUGGAGAGACGGGCACACCUGUCUGAGGACGAACGGGAGAUUAUAACCAAGCAAAUAAUGCAAGCAAUCUCAGGGAUGGUGAACACUGAGUGCAUGUCAGAUCGGGACUACCAGGGCUGGGUGGACUUUGGACGCCGGGACGCAGAAUGAGCCACGACGACGACCCGAGAGCUCAGACUUCCCGCUUUUUGUUCACAUUUUACAUAAAGUCCAUGUUCUACUUUCACUGCAACUUUAUAAA